GUAUAUAGAAAAGAUUCGGAAACCAGACUAGAGAACAGAGACAAGUCUUGUCUCUGCUAGAGAAGACUAUUUUCAAACAUAACCGCUUUUGUUAUUGACGAUUGUUAAUUAUUUAAUGUUCCUUACUUUAACAAAAUAAGAAACUACCAUGUUUCGUAGUGUAUUAAGUUCCACUCACAGUUGUGCGAAAACCGCCUCAACGUUCUGUAAGGUUUUCCAAAACUUACCAUUACAUUUUAAACUAACAACGGCACCGAAACAGUUUAGAUACUUGACAACAACAAAUGCAUUAUCAAUGUUCAUACAAACGCAAGACACUCCAAAUCCAAACAGUCUUAAAUUUUUGCCGGGUACAAAAGUACUGGAACCAGGACAAACAAUUGAUUUUCCCAAACCUCAAGAUGCUUUCUGCUCACCUUUAGCGAAGUUAUUGUUUCGCAUUGAAGGUGUAAAAGGAGUCUUCUUAGGACCUGAUUUUAUUACGAUUACAAAGACUGAUGAAGAAGUGGAAUGGAAAAUUAUCAAACCAGAAAUCUUCGCGACUGUUAUGGAUUUUUUUGCUAGUAAUUUACCGGUACUUAGUGAGGCAAAACCAAAUUCUGAUACUCAUAUUAAUGAAGAUGACGACGAAACUGUCCAAAUGAUAAAAGAACUUCUUGAUACAAGAAUUCGCCCAACAGUUCAAGAAGACGGGGGUGAUAUUAUUUUUAUGGGUUAUGAGGAUGGUAUAGUUAAACUGAAAAUGCAAGGAUCUUGUUCGAGUUGCCCUAGUUCUGUAGUGACAUUGAAAAAUGGUGUUCAGAAUAUGUUACAAUUUUACAUACCUGAAGUAGUAGCAGUUGAGCAGGUUUUAGAUCAGUCAGAUAUUGUAACUGAAAAAGUCUUUGAGGAAGUUGAUCGCAAAAUUACAAAACAAACUGGUGAAACGUAAGUUAUACCUAUAUUGAUAGAAUAACACUCUUUACGGUCGUAUAUUCUUCUGUACAGUAAAAUUAUGUAUAUUUUCAAAUUAUAAUCGUGUUUACCGUAACUUAUUAUACAUAUUUACAUAG